AUGACUAAGAUGAUUCCGCCGGUACCCACCUCAGCCGUCAUGAUGCCCACGCCCAAGCAGAAGAUCGGCUUCAGCAUCGAGUCGAUUGUCGGCAACGAUGCGGCCUCGAUUGCCGCCGGCAAUCAGCAGAUGCGCGCCACCUCCGACCACAGCGCCAGCCCGCCGCCAGGCGAGCGCAACGGCCCCGGAUCACCGCCCCAGACCCCACCGGCUGCCAUCACCAUGCUGCCGCACCACCUCAUGGCCCCGCCGUCGCACGGCAUGCCCCUGCCGCACCACAUGUCGCCACAUCAGCUCCAGCACCAGCAUCCCCAUGCGCACCAGCAUCAGCAUCCUCAUCCCCAUCUGUCGCCGGCCCAGCAACAUGUUCUGCACCAGCAUCUCCUCAUGCAGCAGCAGGGCACACCCAAGACCCACCAGGACAUCCAGGAGCUGCUGCAGCGACUCCACCACAACGCGGCCGUGGCCAGCGGCAUGAGUCCGCUCCAGACACGCCUCUCUCCCGAGUCCGAUGCGCCGCCCGCUCCCGUUUCCCUCAAGCGCGAACGUUCUCCGGCCCCACCGUCCAUGGAGCAGGCCGAGAAUCCCUCCCAGCGUAUCCAGCCGCCUCACACGCCUCCUAAGUCCGUGUCACCACAGUCAUCGCAGCCCUCCUCGUCGCCCAGCCUGCUGGUCAGCAGUCCGCACAACACGCCCCCGCAGCAGCAGCAGCAGCCACCAAACUACCCAAAGCCUGGAAUGCAUCCGGCCGGAGCCAUGAUGAUGCAAGGAAUGCCGCCAGCCGGCUUGGUGCGACCCUUUCCCGUGGGCCCAGGCGGACCACCCAUGCCUCCCCAGGGACAGCCUGGCAUGCCGGACAUCAAGGCCCUGCCCCCGUACAUAAACGCACCCCCAGAGAUGCAGCCCCAGCACAAUCCUCACCUGAUCGCCGCCGCCCAGUUCCAGAUGGCUGCCGCCAUUCAAGCGGGACAUGUCCUGGGUCCCGCUGCAGCUGCCGCUGCCGCCGCUGGACUCCCACCGCACGCCGCACAGUUCAUGCCAAAUCCUGGCAUGGCGCGGGACAGCUACCAGCUCUACCCCUGGCUGCUGAGUCGUCAUGGACGCAUCUUUCCACACCGUUUCCCUGGAAGUUUCCUGGUGCCGCCAUUCCGCAAGCCCAAGCGCAUCCGCACCGCCUUCUCGCCCUCGCAGCUCCUGAAGCUGGAGCACGCCUUCGAGAGCAAUCAGUAUGUGGUGGGGGCCGAGCGCAAGGCCCUCGCCCAGUCCCUCAACCUGUCGGAGACGCAGGUGAAGGUCUGGUUCCAGAACCGUCGCACCAAGCACAAGCGAAUGCAGCAGGAGGACGAGAAGGGCGGCAGCGGCAGCUCCGAGCGCAAUCACCACAAUGGCAGCGGGGACGAGGACGACGAUGAGCUCAUCGACAUGGAGAUGGACGACUGUGCCAGUGAUGACGAGCACGAUCUGGAUGCCAGCCACUAGAACCAGUAGACAAACGGUUCCAUCCGUGAGUUCCUUACCCAGUCGAUGGGUUCACAAGUUCCCAGAAGCUCUCCCGCGAGUAAAAUAGUUUGUUUUUUGUGAUAUAUUCUUAAAUAAUGGCGACGGCGAUGUAAAUAGCAGGCGACAGAAGGUAUUAGACACUUCAGGCCCCCUCCAACACCAACCCUAAAAUAUCUCCUUCUCAAGAACAGUGCCAAAUCCUUUGCCAGGGGGCCCCACCGAAGAACAGAACAGAAGUUGAGUAGAGCUCAAGGUGGGAAGACUCAAGGUUUUCCUCUUCUUCAAAGCUUUUUCUAUUUCCCAAAAAAAGUAACAACAAAACAGCACAAAAAAUCUAUAUUAAUUUAGUAUCUAUAACUGUACAAAUCUAAUGACUUAAGCAUGUAAAUAUUUAUGACCAGCAGCGCAGAAUCAGAAUCAGCAGCAGAAGCAGAAGCAGGCGCAUUAAUUUUAAUUAGUGAAUUCCUCAAAGAAGAGAAACUAUCCCAACCCUACUGUAUAUGUAAUUCUUGUAUAUUGGAUGACGAUCUAGCAUUUAUUUAUGUCUAGCCAUAAGCACGCACCUCUAGAGUCGCUCAACUGCAGCUGGAUAUUACUUAAGCCCCAUUAGUGUAGCCUUAGUCGCUAGCUACGUACGAGUACUACUUCCUAAGGCCCGAUACAACCACAUGAUGAUUUUAAGCAAAACACACAAAAAAUAAUAUUAUUAUA